AUGGUCGGUGGUGGUUCGAUGGGUAAUAGGUUGGUUAGGGUUGAGGAUGGUGGCUCGAUUUGGUAUGGGUGGAUUGGAUUUAGCGCGGGUGAUGUGGAUGGUGGUGGUGUUGAUAGUGUGGACAGGGUUGAUUGGGUAGAGGUGACAAUGAGGUUUGUUACUGCUUCUUAUGGUGGUUGUGGUCUAACUAGGUGGUGGAUUUGA